AUGCAAUAAAGCAUUAAUCGUAAAAGGAUAGCCUUAGCUGUAACAUCUUUGAUAGACAUUUGCCUGUUUAUCUCCCUCAUAGUAUUUCUUUCAGUCUUCUUGUAUUAAGAUCCCCAAGCACGCACUCUUUGGAAGGUAGGACUCACUUGCAACUCAAUCGUAUUGCUCUUUGAGAUUCGAAUGAGACUGUUUUGUUGUUUCGGCUACCCUUUGAAAGACAUGAGGCGAAUCGGAUGUUGCAUUGAAUUCACAAGAAUUCGCAUGAAACUUGCUGACUACUUCUGCUUUUUCUACAUAUUCUUCUCUGAGAUGAUAAAUGCCAGUGUUCUAGUCAUGAAAUAAUACAAAUCGAAUCACGAGAGAAUUAUGUUUAUCACAAUUGUGACCAUGAAUGCAAUUUACCUGGUUUUUUGGAUUAUCUUUACCAAAGGUAAAAGUUUUCAUAGAUUUCCAAAGGAAAAAUAAAGAGCAAAUGAUUAGUAAUCAACUGAAACAGAAUCGGUUGACCAAUCAAAUACCACUGGUGAUCAUCACUCUACAUCAUCACAAGGAAUCAAUACGUCAUCAUAGUUUGUCCACAAGAGAAAAUUGAAUAAAAGUGAGGCUAUAUUACUUGUCAAAUAGAUGCCUAAAGUCGACUUAGAGAAAGUAAAAGCAAGCAAUAAGAAUGCUUUUAAUUCUUCUCUAAGAGAGUAACUAGGAGGCUUGCAUUCUGACAAAGAAGGAAUCAUUGAAUCCAAUUGUGCAAUAUGUCUUGACAAUCUGAUGAGUGUUGGAAAAUAUCCAGAAGAUAUCAAAUAAGAUAUUGAAGCAGGGAGUACGAGUCGAGGUAUAGGUGGAGAUUAUUAUCCCUCUCAAGAUAUUAUUGAAGAAGUAGAGUUGGCUGAUAAAAAGGAAGUGAAACAGAAAUCUUAAAGAUUCAAAAGAUUUUUUGCAGGAAUCAAGAGAAUGUUUGAUAAGAUAACAGAAACCAAGUCAAAAAUAAGAGCGUUCCCCGAGUGCUAGCAUCUAUAUCAUGAGAAGUGCCUUAUUUAGUGGAUCCAAGAAAACGAUUCUUGCCCGAUGUGUCGUCGUAAGUCCAGCUGUGCCCUUAAUGAUGAUUAACUAAGUGAUGAUGAAGUCGAUGAUGACUUGGAAGAUUUAUUAUUUGCUGGGCAAAACCAAAACGAUAGCCUCUCUGGCUCAAAUUCUUCGAUCAUUGUAAAUUAGAGAAGAAGGCGCCCUGCCAGCAAUAUUUAAGACUUAGAAGGUAGUAACAAUGCUGGCAAUUAUACCUUGAAUUGA